AGGUUAUGUUUUGUUUAUUUGUUACAAAAAAUAAAAGGAAAGGAAUCACAAAUAUUAUACCUUUAAAUAUUAACUUAGAACCCUAGAUAAAGUCGUGACUUAGACCACAUUAUUAUCACGAAAAAAACCAUGGGAGACGAAGAUGUUAUCCGUAGACGUCUUUUGAUUGAUGGCGAUGGCACUGGAGACGACAGAAGACUAAACGUGUUGUUAAAAACACUAAUAAAAUGGUGUAACAGCACCGAUGAUAAGCCUGAAGAGAGUAAAGCGACUCACGAUAGAAUGCUAGCGCAACUAGCGCAAUGCGAAUUUGCCGUCACCAAAUCUCAACUCGGUUCAGAAAUGAUGAACGCAGAGCUAGCCAGCUACGAAUCAUUGUCUAAAAUACUUGAAAAUGGCAUAGAAAUUGCUAAAACGAACAUUGAGAAGAGCAAAGCUGAUUUACUUCAGGCUAAAACUGUCCGGAAAAACAGAAUCGAGUAUGAUGUGCUGGCUAAGGUAAUAAGUGAACAGCCAGAUAGGAAAGAAACACUGGAACGGCUUGGAACUUUGAAAACAGAACUGGCCGGUUUGGAAACAACAAAGCAGCAGUUGGAAAGCAGGUUGGCUUUAAGAAAAAAACAAUUCCAUGUGUUGGUUACUUCCAUUCAUCAGUUGCAGGCACUUUUGGAUGAACCUGAUGAUACGGAGUCCAUUUCUGAUGUUGAGAUGAAAGAUAUUAGUAAUGAAUCUUAGCAUGUUUGCCAUGUUGGCAAUAUUGUCAGCACAAAACUUUCUAACUAUUACUUUAACCCUAGACUCAUUUGAAAUGACAUUAUGUACUGAGAUGUAAAGGUUUUUAAGAUUAUAUGUCUGGUAUAAGUUUAGUUUGUAAAAUGAUAUAUGUAAAGACAUGUAUUUGAUAACACUAUGGAUGGCCUUGUGUCUGAAUUUCCUUGGAUUUGUCAUAAUCUGGAGCCAACCACAGAAAUAUAAAUCUAAGAUAUAUCCAGUUCUCUAAUACUACAUUCUAAGCAGUGAUGUCAUUCAUAAUGAAGAAAUACCUAUUUGUGUCAGAAUAUUCAUUUGAAGAAAGCCUCUUCUCAGUUAUGAAUCCUAGGUAAGUAUGCAAGGUUUUUUUGUAAUAA